UCAGUUUAAUCUCUGUAGUUUGCCAGUGGAUGGACAGUAAGAAUGGCCAACCUGCUUCGUCCACUGGCGAGCAUUCCACAUGGACUGGCUGUCAAGGUAUUGAAAGUUGUAGCUUGUGUGUUCAUCGUGUACACAGUGUGGAUGGCACAGCAGCUGAAUGCCUACAAGAAGAGAGAAAAGGCCGAGUGCAGUGGUGUUGUGAAUGGCUAUACGCAACAUGGAGCAGGUGGACUCAAGAGACUCAGCUGCUCUCCCAGACACUACUCCUCACUGAUGGCAGCGGAAUGUUUUCGUAAUUCUCGAGUUCAGUUCAUGGGAAGUUCCCAAAUGCGGACUGUGUUUUCUAAGACUGUUGAUUAUGUGAAGACUGCCCCAGAUCAUCCUGUGUAUAUUUCAACUAAAGGGACCGCAUUGAAGCGUAGGAAUCAUGAAUACAACUUCACCGAUAUACCAUCCAGUUUUCACUUCACGUAUUUACCCUUUGUCUAUCCGAAAUGGGCAAACGCGAUGAAAGAUUUUGAUGAAGCAUCCCAGAAGUCAGAUUUGAUCGUCAUUAGUGCUGGUCUGUGGAAGGGGAACGCUGACCCAUCUCUUGCCGACAUGCAGAAAUAUAUCAGGAUCUUGAAAUCGACUCUCCCGGUCGUUUCAUCGAUUGUUCAAUCAUCCGGCACGAAGCUAAUUUGGAUCAAGAACCCUCUGAAUGCAAAUGACAACGCUCAGCAGAUCAAACAGGUAUCUGAUAUCUGGUCACGUUACCAGGCUGAUGACAUGUAUUUGCUGGACCCACGCCGUGUAAGAUUAGUACACGGUGAUGUUCACUAUGGUGAUGCAGACUAUGACACGAUCACCCAGGCGAUCAUGAACAUCUAUUGCAACUCUGGCAUUCCACCAGCAACCCCUCACCUGUGCUGCCAGCCCUGGUCCCUCAAACUGACUACUGUGCAAGUGAUGCUUCUAGUCUUCUGUAUAAUCGGUGCGGUAUACUGGACCGCUGAGCAGCUGUGGCAGGCAUUAGCAAGAUCAAUUUCACAGCCGACCAGCAGCAACACGACACCAACGAGUAAGAGCGGUCAUCUCCCGGCUGGUGUUUCACCACUGUCAGCCAUAUGCCAGUGCAUCACAUUGCUUGGAAUAGUGCUUCUCUACAGCUACCUGGCCGGCAGGACACCACUAUUGACAAAAGGGGAGAAGCAAUUCAGCUGGACAUCAUUUGCCGUUCCAUUGGCAAUUUUGGGAAUUCUUGGCUUUGUGACGUACCAACCAGUCAAAGAUGCGUCUGUUCUAAACCGUCAGCAAACCUGUGAAACACGAGGAUGGAUGCAGCUAGUAUUGCUGGUGUAUCAUUACACGGAUGGGAUCCAGGUUCUUGGUCUGUACUUCGUAGCGCGACUGAUUGUAGCAGUCUACAUCUUCCUAAGUGCCUAUGGACAUUACACGUAUAGUUUGAAGCGUGGAGCAAGCAGUUGGUCUCGUGUAGCUGAGGUCCUGUUCCGUCUAAAUCUCUACACCGUUCUACUGUGCUUGACUAUGGAUGUACCGUAUCUUCACUACUAUUUUGUACCACUGAUCUCAGCAUGCUACUUACUAGUACUACUGGUUGCUGCCAUACCUCCAGUUGCAUGGAAUCAGGAUACCUCUCCUUGGAUGCAGGUGAUCAAAGCAGUGUGUCUUGCAAUGGUCCUCGGCGUUUAUCGAAUGCUACCGGGUCCGUUCAACACAGCUAUUAUGUUCACACCCCUCCGAUAUCUACUCCUGGAUGACAAUCAUUCACUUCGAGAGUGGACGUUUCGUUUCAGUCUGGACAUUCUAGCUGUGCCCACAGGGAUUGUGUGUGCAGUGUUCAUGCAUCGAUUCCCUGAUAGAAGUAAAUGGAUUGUCUCUGGCAGCAAGACUGCUUCAGUGAUGACCUUCCUGUCUGCAUUGAUCAUAGCCCUGUACUGCGGAUUAAUGGCAAUGAGCUGUACUAGUAGAAAAGCAUGUUAUCCGGUCCAUACGUACGCAUCACCAGUCGUGCUCGUAGGAUUUGUUCUUGUACGCAACACGUGGGAACCACUACGCAAGCAUUACAGCCAGUUCUUUGACUGGGUGGGAGUCUACUCACUGGAGCUGUUCUUAGCCCAGUAUCACGUCCUGCUGGCUGAUGGCCGCAGAGUGCUUGUCCUGGUUGAGGGUAAUCCAAUCCUCAACAUCUGCGUUCUAACAACUAUCUUUGCAUUGGUAUCACACACUGUAGCUGAGUGUACACAGAUGUUGGUCAGUGCAAUGCAUAGCCUAGCGCCAGAGAAAGACGACACCCAGAGCUAACAAUCAGUAUUGUGAUCAUACGUCUGCAUGUGUACAUGAACUUCCCUUGUUGUCACUAGUUGCUACUACAGAGUUCAGUGCGCCAGCACAAACGAUACAAUCAUGUACAGGCGCUCUUGGUGAAAUCUGACCCAGAGUGCAUCUUUGGGGCCCUCGACUUGCACGGCCCUUGACGCCCUAUAAGGGGCACGAGUGCGGCUGUAUGUGCACAUGCACAAAAUACCACAAAUGCAAUGAUGUAAUCGGAAUUGGUCCAGGGUGCCAGGUUUGCACUUUGAGCCAGAUUUCACUGAGCGCAACUGUGCAUGCAUACUAGUACCACAGUUCUACACACAGCAACAAGCUGCAGCUCAUGAUACUGAUAUACAGGCAAUUAUUUCUAUUAGACUGAUGUGAAAACUUCAAUGCAGCAUCAUUUUAUUUAUAUUGUUGAGAGAUUUCAAAUCUCUAUUAUCUAGCUGGUCUGGUACAGGCGAAGUCCUCAUAAAACGCAUCCCACAGGACCAACGGAAUCACCUGCAGGUGUUACACAACACCACCCUGCAUACAAUCAUAUUAUGUGCUAAGGAUCUGAGAGAUGCUGUGUACCAGCCAUGUGUUAUUCAUGCGUAUUUUUUAGUAAUUGUUUACCCAUUGAUUAUGUCUGCUGUACAAGGUACAGUAUCGCCUUA